GCAGUAAAAAGAAGUUGUAAAACGCAAAAUUUCAUUGUUUGGUAUUUGGGCACAAAAUUUUCUUUUCUCAUCAGCAUCUAAACACCAUCAAAAUCAUCUUUUUCUAAAUUAAUAACUUUGUUGUUUGUUCAUUUGUUUCGUUGAGUGUUCUGUACUUCCUAGUUGUUUUGUUCAAUAGACACAUUUGCGAAACUCACUUUUACUCUAGUGCAUCAUAGUUUGCUUCCGAAAGCACUUUUAGGACUGUAACAAACGCCGGCCGGGACACGAGCGUCUGCGGUCCUCCACAGGCCACUAGAGCCUUCAAUUGUGAUUGACCUUAUGAUUUAUUAACACACCAAUAAAGACUCGUAAAGAGAAUCCUUUUGUAAAUAGCAAAUUCACAAAUCAAGCGUAAACAGCGCAUCCCCUUUCCAUUCAUUAUGUCUAGAAUGUACGGGAAAGGUAAGAUGGCGGUAGAGUCUGAAGACCAGGCGAAGCUACGGCUUCAGGUUGAGCUUGAGUUUGUUCAGUGUUUGGCGAAUCCUAACUAUUUGAAUUUUUUGGCACAACGUGGCUUUUUCAAGGAUCAGGCUUUUAUAAAUUAUUUGAAAUAUUUGCUUUACUGGAAGGAACCAGAGUAUGCUCGCUACCUUCGAUACCCUAUGUGUCUGUACUUCCUGGACCUUCUGCAGUACGAGCACUUCCGCCGUGAAAUAGUCAACUCUCAGUGCUGUAAAUUCAUUGAUGAUCAAGCAAUUUUGCUAUGGCAGCAUUACACCCGACGGCGAACAAAAUUGUUCACAAUGAACAACGGAGUCGUACAAAUGGAGCCGAAUCCAAAUCAGAAUGGGACACAGCAGAAUGGAGUCGGUGGACAAAAAGUUACCUAGUUUCGUUAUUUGAUAUUAAUUUAAGAAUAAUGUAGGAUGUAGAAUAUAUCGAUUUAAAAAUAUUGUUUUUUUACUAACGUGCACCAUUUUUGGAACGUAUGGUGACUGUAGUAAGAACCAGGCAAAUUGUGACCUCGUUUAAAAAUUCAAUUUGUAAUUAUUUUAUAGAAUUUGAAAUAUACAUAUCUACUCUUGUUUUUAUAAAA